AUGAUUGACCCACGCCCGUUACCCCCGUGGCGUCCGGACGCCUUUACGGAGAUCGAGCUUGAGCACGACCGGGAAACAGCGAGAGAAAAAGCAGAGGCUGCGAGGAACACAUCGGAUAUUGUCGUCUACUCGGACGCCUCCGGGCGUGAGGGCCAUCUGGGGGCUGCUAUCGUCGCACUCAAUGACGACGAUGAGGUGAUGGAGUCUCAACAGAUCCAGGUGGGACCGAUGGACCGCUACUACCGAAAGAAGAUUGGAUACAGUGAUGAUGACCGGUGCGAGUGCGGCGCGGAGGAGACAGUUACCCACGUCUUGAUGGGAUGCCCGAGGCUACGAGAGCCGCGGGAGGUAUUGAGAAGACAAGUCGGGGACGCGCUCAACAGGGUAUCGAGUCUACUGGGAGGCUCAAAUGAAGGUGAGAAAGGUAAACCAGACACCGUCUCGCAAGCCAAGACAGUACGAGCUGUGCUGGACUUCGCCGAGGCGUCACAGAGGUUUCACAAUCAAUUGCUUGCUGAGUCUUCCUCGCAGACGGAUUCCUUACGGUUUGCUUCAAAAAUCAUCCAGCACUAUCUGUCUUUGAGAUGGACUGUCACUUUGCUUGGAGUGCUGAGCUAUGGGAAGCCGAGGAUGCAUUCUUCCAGCUAUGAAACAAUUAGCCAAGCUGCCAACAAUUGGAAGCGAAUCUGGGAUACCGUUGUUGGCUCUUUGGAAAAGGAACAACUAUUGCAUCUAGGUUAUCCAAAACAUGCCGAGGAACUUUGGUGGUUAUUGAACGCUACGCUGGAGGUUGCCAGCAAGUACGACAAGACCUUUCCUUAUCUUGACAACACUGCGAUCGAUGAACUAGGAAACUUGAAUGAAUUCAUUCAGUGGUGCGAUCGAAACGCAUCGUGA